CCUCCCAGUCCUACACCUGAGGAGAGAAGAGCCAUCUCUGGACUAAAGGUUCAAACUGACUGCACUUCCAUUCUGGUCCAUUCAGAGUUUCUCCACACAGCUCCGAGAAUGUCCUUGCACUACAUUCCCAUUCUAGAGAUCUUCCUGGGCAUCGUGGGCUUCGGCCUCUCCAUCAUGUUCUGCACCACCUUCUGCAGGGCAUGCAGUCGCAUAAGGGAGGAGCAGAUAGAGAGGGAGGCCUGGAGACGCAGUGAGCAGGAGGGACGCCCGCCUUCUAUUUAUUUCAUCCCCUUCCCUAGAAGCGUGUCACAGCAGGACAGUGAAGACGUCAGGGUGCCUCAAUACAGCCAGGAUGUCCAGACACCUCCACGGUACAGCACUGCUGUCUACUGUGGGCCCCCACCUUCCUACAAUGAGCUGGGAUUUAAACCUGAUGAUCUUCCCCCUGCUUACACAGAACAUGAUGGUCCUGUGUAUCCAAUAACACCACAGCCUCACACAGACAUGGUACAAUCGCAAACUUGGUCGCAACCAUAAGCCAGCACCCUCGUGGGUUGAGGUUAUGGACAGUGUUGAUCAUUGCACUGAAUCCUGGACUUGACUGAGCUGGAAACUGGAGUUUACAGUGUUUUAAAGGAACUUUUUAUUGUGACCUUUUUAUUUUUAAAAUUUUACUUUGGUAAAG